UCACUGCUUCCUCGAUCACUCGAUCCAGUCUCAGCUAACAAUCAACUAAGCUCUCAACUCCAGCCAUGGAGACCCUUUACCUUGUUCUCUCUUUGGGUGCUGCUUUUCUCGCCUUUGCUCUCUUCGCAUUCAAAUCCGAAGAUGGCAAGAACCUCCCACCAGGCAGCAUGGGGUGGCCUAUCGUGGGAGAAACUCUCGAGUUUCUUUUUGGAAAGCCUGAAAACUUUGUGUUCAAGAGGAUGAAGAGGUACUCCCCUGACAUCUUCAAGACAAAGAUUCUCGGGGAGAAAACUGCUGUCAUUUGUGGACCUAAUGGCCACAAGUUUCUCUUCAGCAAUGAGCAGAAGUACUUCACAGCAUUCCGUCCACACUCUAUGCAGAAGAUGUUCAGGUCGUACAAGGCUGCUACUCCUGCUGCUGCUCCGAAACAGAUUGCUCGCGAUGAAGAGUCGAAAGUACUAAAGUCACCGGGGUUCCUUAAGCCAGAAGCAUUGAUGAGGUACUUGGGGAAGAUGGACUCAAUCACCCAAGAACAGAUGAAGGUGUACUGGGAAGGCAAGAACCAGGUCUUGGCCUACCCUUUGGCCAAGACUUUGACUCUUAGUCUUGCCUGCAGAUUCUUCUUGGGGAUUGAUGAGCCGGAGAGGAUUGCUAGGCUGGUGGAGAACUUUGAUGAUGUGACUGUGGGGAUGCACUCACUUAUUGUGAACUUCCCCGGAACCAUUUUCCACAGGGCAACAAAAGCAGCUGAUGCAAUCAGGAAGGAGUUGAAGACUGUGAUCCAGGAGAAGAAGGCUGCAAUGGCAUCAGGAGCACCUAUGAUGGAUAUUCUGACACAUAUGAUUGUGGCAAGUGAUCCAUCUGGGCAACACAUGCCUGAGGCUGAGAUUGCAGAUAAGAUGAUGGGUUUGUUGACUGCUGGGUACAGUACUGUGGCUACAGCUAUGACUUUCUUCAUGAAAUAUGUGGGAGAAAGGCCUGACAUCUAUGCCAAGGUCCUAGCAGAACAAAUGGACAUUGCAGAGUCAAAGAAGCCAGGACAACUUUUGGAAUGGGAAGACUUGAACAAGAUGAAGUACUCAUGGAAUGUCAUAUAUGAGGUUAUGAGAUUCACUCCACCACUUCAGGGAACAUUCAGAGAGGCUUUGACAGAUUUUGAGUAUGCCGGUUACACCAUUCCCAAGGGCUGGAAGGUGUAUUGGACUGUUAGCACAACAAACAUGAACCCAGAAUACUUCCCCAACCCAGAAAAGUUUGACCCCUCAAGAUACGAUGACUUGAGUGCAUUCCCACCAUUCACAUUUGUUCCAUUUGGAGGAGGACCAAGAAUGUGCCCAGGUAAAGAGUAUGCUAGGCUUGCGAUACUCACUUUUGUUCACAAUGUGGUCAAGAGGUUCAAGUGGGAAGUGGUGUUUCCUAAGGAGAAGAUCACAGGUGAUAUGAUGCCUACCCCAGAAAAAGGACUUCCAGUUCGUCUUACUUGUCACUAGGCAUGAUCAGGGACUGUUGUGAAGUUCCCUGGAUGGUGAAAUUGCAAUAUCAUAAGUUCUUAACCAAAUUAGAUAGCCCUCUUUUUGUAAUUUUUAUUUUUGUGCUGUGGAAAUUUACAAGAGAAAAUAAAAAUUGAAUUUCAGACACAUUUCUGUUACAUG